UGGGUUACCAGACGAGGAGGAGAAAGACAAACCUCCAGUGGAAGUUCAACGAGGUCUGUCUCUCUUAGCCGAUGACUUGGCGGCUGCUCUCAGCUCUGAACCUCUUCAUCUUCUUCUUCCUUUCCCGCCCGCAUCCUAUAUGAGAUCACCCCCCUCUUUGUGUGUUAUUCUCUGCCUCUUUUCUUGUUCUCUCGUCCCCCUUUUCUCUCUCUAUCUCUCCCCUCCCCCCUGCUGCUUCAUUAAUCCCCAACUAUAAUUUGAAUAUAAUGGCUCAUCAUUUACUCCCAUCCUCUCCUCGUCCUGUCUAAUGCUGUGCCGCGUUUAGUCCUCACUUCUCCCCGCGCAACGACCAAUGCAUAAGGAUACCCCAUGAUGGGCAAUCUUGGUGACUUGUCGCCUCAGGGGAGCGUUGCGAUCGGAGUUCUUGUUGGAGUGAUCUCAACCAGUCUCCAGGCGAUCGGACUGACCCUCCAGCGCAAGUCGCAUCUCCUCGAAGACGAAAAACAUCCCUACGAUCUACGAAGGCCUCCCUAUAAGCGGCGAAGAUGGCAGCUGGGUAUGUUGAUGUUCGUUGUCUCGAACGUUGUAGGAAGUACUAUCCAGAUCACAACACUUCCACUACCCGUGCUUUCGACCCUGCAAGCAUCUGGGCUCGUCUUUAAUACCAUCUUUGCGACAUUGAUACUGGGAGAGGCUUUCACUAGAUACUCACUUAUUGGCACCAUCUUAGUAUGUAUUGGUGCCGUGCUAAUCGCAAUCUUUGGUGCCAUUGGAGAACCGGCGCAUAGCCUUGAUCAACUUCUCGAGCUUCUUCAGGGCCGAAAGUUUAUCCUCUGGGUCGCAGGGACAGCCGUGUUGGUCCUUAUUAUCUUUGCUGGAUCCAAAGUGUUGAAGGCCCUCACGUCAGGCUCUCGUUCCAAGCAUCAUCCUGUCCGCCACUCCUACGCACCGCGUCUUAAUAUACCGCACUCUCGCAUCCGCCUUAUCCGAGGGCUAUGCUAUGGACUGAUUAGCGGUAUUCUCUCGGCGCAUUCUCUCCUCCUGGCUAAAUCCGCUGUGGAGCUUCUGGUACGGACAAUCGUGGAUCGCGUGAAUCAAUUCAAUCGCUGGCAAUCAUGGGUCAUCCUGAUCGCUAUGAUCGGCCUGGCUCUCUCGCAGCUAUACUUCCUUCACCGUGGUCUGAAACUUUGCAGCACCAGUGUCCUCUACCCAUUUGUCUUUUGCAUUUAUAACAUUAUCGCGAUUCUAGAUGGUCUCAUCUACUUCCAACAGAUGUCGCAGCUAGCAGGCUUGCAUGCUGGACUUGUCGCACUGGGCACCAUUGUUCUUUUAGCUGGAGUCCUCUGCCUGUCCUGGCGAUUAGAAGAUAUUGACAGCCAUGUUCCUGUCGUUGGGCCAUCUCAGGCGACCUUAGGGCCCGGAAUGGCAGCAGUCGAUGAACACGCACCGACACCACUUGGAUUGGAAUUAGAAGAUGAAGAAGGUCAGAUAGGGGAGCAAGAGCCCCUCCUACAUCCUCUUCGGGCCCCUCACCAACGAACCCCAAGUCUUCCUUUGUACUCGACGUUUUCCAAACGGAGUUCAACGUCAAAUAUGGACCCGGCUUCCAUCUGGGCUGAACUUGACGACUCUGACGGCGAGGACUCUGGCACAGACGUGCGCUCAUCGUUACUCGCUCGUUUCUCUAUCGAUCCCGUAUAUAGCCGACCCCGAAGUAAAAGCACCGCACUGCGGGGAUCGUAUCUCUCAACGGGAUCGGGAAGCCAGCAAGUCUGGAGCCCCCGUCGGAUCCCCCCAUCUGUCCCAGAAGGUAAACGACAGCGAAGAACAUCUUUGCCGGGUCCGGAAUACAGGCUCUUGCUCUCAAAAAGACGGACAUUUGGGCCUGUGUCUUACUCAAGUCGAGAUUCAGUCCUAACCUCAGAACCCAGAGGCAAUCAGCCAGUCUCACCACAUGCCCGCCAGGAGCAACGUCAUUCGUCACCCUCAAACACAACAACGUUCAGCGGAACCACGCGUCGCCUCCUCGCAGGCUCGAGGAGCGCCCUCGGAGCUUGGAGAACCGGUCUACAAUACCUCUCGCGCUUCACCGGCCAUGGAAGACAAAGAGAGGAGCGUGACCCUGAAGCCGAUCCUACCACCCCCUCAGACAGCGACUCAACAGACCAAUAAUGACCCUUUUGCCGUACCUGACCCUGGCGGUCUUUCCUUAGGUUUUCCUCUGUAGCACACAAUCGGCCACAUUUGUAUCUACAAUACCCCCCCUCCCCCGGCCUUCUCUUAUUGACCGAUCUACAAAUGUACAUUAACAAUUUAGACACGAUAGUAUUUUAUUGUCCUUCUCCUAUUAUUCCCAAUUUACCAAUUCUAUCUACGUCCGCCUGCAUUCUUACCUCGAUUCCCGCAGAACUUUUAUAAUGCGAAUAGACACAACACAGCAGCUACCCCCACCCUGGAAAAGAUCAUUCGCUUUCAAUUGAAUUGGCCUCGGUCCCUUUUCUGUCCAAGAUUUAAGUUAUGUGCAUUUGCCAUUGUCAAGGUGAAUUACCUGCCAUCUCUCACGACACUUAAAAGAGUUAUACGUACUUGGCCCUACUUCACUCCCAAAAAAAGAAAAAAAAAAAAAAAAAAAA